AUGAGGGAGGCGCUUUGUGAUAUAUCUUGGGACGAUUGCUUCCUUGACAACGAUAACAUCAACAAUAGUUUGGAGAAAUGGAUGAAAUUAUUUUAUUCGAUUGUUGACCAAUUUGUACAGAAGAAAUGCGUUAGUAACAUUAAUCGAUCUCCGUGGGUUGAUAGAGAAAUUGUUUUGUUGCUGAAGAAAAAGAACACCCUGAGGCGUAAGGCUAAAUCUCGAGAUACUGUUUAUUUGUGGACUAAAUUUCGUCGUUUACGGGCAGAGAUUAAGAAGCUUAUUAAGCACAAGAAAAAAGCGUACAUUAGUAAUCUUGGUCAGGACUUGAAAUCUAAUCCUAAACGUUUUUGGUCCUAUUAUAAGGCUUUAAAUAAGACAAACAGAAUUCCUAAUACUAUAACGUAUGGAAAUAUAACUGCUACUGAUUCUAUUUCUAAGGCCAACAUAUUUAAUACCUUUUUUCAUUCUACUUUUAAUGCCUGUGAUAAUAGUAUUUAUACCACCGUUUCACACCCGUUGAACGACAGCAUGAGUGUACCUUGUCUUUCCAAUAUAACGCUAGAUAGUGAAGAUGUUCUUAAGGCGCUUCACUCUUUAGAUAUCCACAAAGCUAGCUGUGGGAUUCCUUCUAAGCUUUUAAAGGAAUGUAGUAAUGCCAUUGCCACUCCACUUACCAGAUUAUUUAAUGAAUCUCUUAGCACUGGUGAAUUUCCAUCUCAGUGGAAAGAUGCAAAUUUAGUACCUAUUCAUAAAACUGGCAGAAAGUCUCAAGCAACUAAUUACAGGGGUAUUUCUUUGUUGGAGCAGUUGUCCAAAAUUUUCGAGAAAGGUGUUUAUAAUGUAGUUUUUGAGUUCUUUUCAAAUAAAAUAACAACUUCACAACAUGGUUUCUAUCCUAGACGUUCUUGUGCUACGCAGCUUACGCAGGUUGUUCAUUUACUUGCUCAAUCUAUGGAUAAUAAACAACAAGUUGAUUUAGUGUAUCUUGAUUUUGCAAAGGCUUUCGAUCGUGUGCCUCAUUCUAAAUUAAUUUGUCAGCUCCAUCUUUUGGGUAUCCGCGUUCCUUUGCUCUCUUGGUUUCGCUCCUAUCUUUAUAAGAGACGGCAUCGUGUUGUAAUUGAUGGAUUUGCUUCUGAAUGGCUUCCGGUAACAUCUGGUGUACCUCAAGGUUCGGUCCUUGGACCGCUCCUGUUUUUGUUGUAUAUGCCGGAAGUUAUAUCUCAAGGAUCCUAUUUACCCUUAUUUGCUGAUGACUCGAAAUGCUUUCGAGUUAUCUUCAAUGCCAGCGAUCAGGAUAGAUUACAGGAGGAUCUUAAUGCUCUGUAUGAUUGGUCAAUUAAGUGGGGCAUGGAGUUUAAUGUUGAAAAAUGUAAGGUGUUGAGGGUUGUUAGAACACGUACAAUAUAUGAUAGGCAGUAUACUUUAGGCUCCUCGCAUUUGUCGGUUGUUCAAAGCGAAAAAGAUUUAGGUGUGUGGAUUUCUGAUACUUUGAAUUGGAAUAUUCACACAGAUAAUAUAGUUGCUAAAGCCCAGAAAAUGUUAGGUCUAUUAUAUCGAACCUUAAAGGAUAUUGAUGAUAACAGUGUGAAGCGUCUGCUUUAUUUUACUUGGGUGAGGCCAACUCUUGAAUAUGCUAGCCCAGUAUGGUCUCCUUAUAAGAAACGGAAUAUUAAUAAAAUUGAAAAGGUGCAACGUAGAGCUUCUCGUCUGAUCCUAGGCCAUGAAGUUGAUUAUAAAUCUAGACUAGAAAAAAUUCAUCUUCUACCUUUGUAUAUGCGUAGAGAAAUCACAGAUCUUGUUUUUCUCUUUAAAAUUAUACAUGAGUUAGUUGAUAUACCAGGAGGUUUCCUUUCUUGGAAAAAUACGGGUCGCUCUUUGCGCAACAGUGACGACAUGACACUUACAGUGCCUUUUGCACGCACAGAUGUUUUUAAGCACUCAUAUUUCGUUCGUGUUACACGCUUAUGGAACUUACUUCCUUACACAUUGCGUUCUAUUCAGCAUCUGUCGUACUUUAAGAAACAACUUACUCUAUAUUAUUUUAAAAGUAUAUAA